CCCCAGAGGCAAACAAAAACACCUGCAAAAAAAGAGUCACGUUAGCCUUGGGAAGGCGCCACUGGUCCCGUGAUGUGCGCAAACCAACCUCUCCGGUGUGCGUUGCCGAGCUCCUUCUGAGAGCAGAGGAGGUGGUGGUGUGACUCAUGCCUGCGUCGAGACACAGCUAAGCAGGCAACCCUUACUUUAAAAAGCGCACAGCUUCUGAAGGGGCUGGUAUAGCAAGAAACAAACGGGGUACCAGUUUGGUGGAAUUAUUCAUCCAAGCUUGUGGACAUUAUUUGCACGGAAUUAUAAACAAGUGCCUAGCUGUUUUGUCUGCUCUCCGCAAAUGUGUUUUUUGUCGAACAUUACCUUGGCUGGAAUCUUCUAAACUGGACACUUGCAGCUGGUUGCCGGCACUAGAACGGUAAGUGGUCUCCCUUUCAGUCAUAAAGAAGCGUGAAACUGGUAACUCUGCUGGCGACAAAUCCAUCUUUUUUACAUUUGUACAAAAUUUCGAUGAAUGACAUAAGUGAACACUGCUACUACAGAUACAUGGAUUAACAUAGAUGUUGCAUUUGUGAGACGUACUGCGAGGUCCUGAUUAUCUUCGCGACCAAACCGGCACCAUCCGGAGCAGGAAAAAAAUUGAGACUGAGGAUCUUAGUGACUUGACUUAUGGCAUCGCCUGGCCCUGCCUCCUCCUCCAUUUCUCCCUCCGGCCCUCCGCAAGACUCCAGUGCUACAAAUUUAAGGCCAACAACAUAUGAUACCUGGUGUGGUGUGGCUCAUGGAUGUACAAAGAAAAUUGGACUCAAGAUCUGUGGGUUUUUGCAAAGAAACAACAGCCUGGAUGACAAGAGUCGUAUCGUGAGUUCCUUCAAAGAACGCCAGUCCAGUGGGAAAACACUGUUGGACGCUUGUGAGAACAACGAGAAAGGAGGCAGACUAUUCCAACGACAGGACACCGAUUUCUCCAACCUUUAUGCAAGAGACUUACUGCCAGCAAAGAAUGGCGAAGAACAGACAGUGCAGUUCCUCUUGGAAGUGGUUGACAUUCUCUUAAAUUAUGUCAAGAAGACGUUUGACAGAUCUACUAAAGUUCUCGAUUUCCACCACCCACACCAGCUGCUGGAAGGUAUAGAGGGCUUCAACCUUGAUCUCAGCGACAGCCCCGAGUCUUUGGAACAGAUUCUGGUGGACUGCAGGGACACACUUAAAUACGGAGUAAGGACAGGUCAUCCUCGUUUUUUCAACCAGCUCUCUUGUGGGCUAGAUGUUAUUGGUUUGGCUGGAGAAUGGCUGACUUCAACUGCCAAUACAAAUAUGUUCACAUAUGAAAUUGCACCAGUAUUUGUUCUUAUGGAACAGAUCACACUGAAGAAAAUGAGAGAGAUUAUUGGCUGGCCCAAUGGAGAAGGAGAUGGAAUAUUUUCACCCGGUGGGGCAAUAUCAAAUAUGUAUGGAAUAAUGGCUGCUCGUUACAGAUACUUCCCAGAAGUCAAAUCUAAAGGCAUGGCUGCAGUUCCCAAACUGGUUCUCUUUUCUUCAGAGCAAAGUCACUAUUCAAUAAAGAAGGCAGGAGCCGCCCUUGGAUUUGGUACAGAGAAUGUAAUUUUGAUCAAAUGUGAUGAAAGGGGUAAAAUGAUACCAGCAGAUUUGGAAGGAAGAAUUCUUGAAGCUAAACAAAAGGGGUAUAUUCCACUCUAUGUGAAUGCAACGGCAGGAACUACAGUGUAUGGAGCAUUUGAUCCCAUACAUGAGAUUGCAGACAUCUGUGCAAAAUACAAUCUCUGGCUUCAUGUAGAUGCUGCAUGGGGAGGUGGACUUUUAAUGUCAAGGAAGCAUCGUCAUAAACUGAGUGGUAUCGAAAGAGCCAAUUCUGUGACGUGGAAUCCACACAAGAUGAUGGGAGUCCUGCUGCAGUGUUCUGCCAUUCUUAUCAGGGAAAAGGGAGUUUUGCAAGGCUGCAAUCAGAUGUGUGCUGGGUACUUAUUCCAACCAGACAAGCAGUAUGAUGUAUCAUAUGACACAGGUGACAAAGCAAUACAGUGUGGUCGGCACGUGGACAUUUUCAAAUUAUGGUUGAUGUGGAAAGCAAAGGGUACAGUUGGAUUUGAAACUCAGGUAAACAAAUGCCUGGAACUGUCUGAAUAUCUGUACAUGAAGAUUAAGAACAGGGUUGGAUAUGAACUGGCCUUCAAUGGAGAGCCUCAGCACACAAAUGUUUGUUUCUGGUACAUUCCGCCAAGUCUCAGAGGUAUGCCUGACUGUGAUGAACGGAGAGAAAAAUUGCACAAGGUUGCUCCUAAAAUUAAAGCACAAAUGAUGGAGUCUGGAACUACAAUGGUUGGAUAUCAACCUCAGGGAGAAAAAGUUAACUUCUUCCGGAUGGUUAUCUCAAAUCCUGCUGCUACAAAAUCUGACAUUGACUUCCUUAUAGAAGAAAUAGAGAGAUUGGGACAGGACUUAUAAUACAUUUAUUAUUGUUAUAUUGCAGGUGUUAGUUGUUAUGUUUUUCAAUGCUGGUAAUAUUUAACAAGACCUGUAGAACAGGAUAACCUACCUUUCUUAUUAGAAAUGCUUACUUCCCAUAGUCUUCUAAACAAUCUCUAAAAUUUCAGAAUUAUAAUUAGAUAAACAUUUAGAAAAUAAAAGUAUACUGAAUCUAAGUGUUUAAACUCUCCAACAAAUUGUCAAAUAUAUAUAUAUAUAUAUAUAUAUAUAUAUAUAUAUAUAUAUAUAUAUGAAGUUAUUGCUGUAGUAUACAUACUUAAAUAGGUUAUACAGUGGAGACACUCCAUGCUAGCAAAUAUUAUUCCAGCCAGUAUCUCAAAACACAUUUAGGCAAAGGCACUAAUAAGCAUUUGCAGUUGUAUUUCCUAACCCAUAAAUACUGUUUUAGAAAACGUGAUUGCUUGUGCUAUAGUAACAUAAAAAAUCACCAGCAGACACCAGUAUUAUUUAUGUUUCUGAUGCCUUUUAGUCAAUUGUCAGUAAUCUGCCUACAAGUUGUAGUAAUAUGAAGACUAUAUUGUAUUAUUUUAAAGUGUACUGUAAAUCAUUAUUUUAAGUGUUCCUUAUAAUUAACAAGUAAUUAAAUACUAGUAACAAUGUGCUAAAUUACUAUUAUACAAGAAAUGCUGUUUCCCUAUAAUUCUAACACAUAGAACUCAACUCCAGAUUAUACAGUAUGCCUUUAUGACAUAGCAAUCAGACUAUAUAACUGACUAUAAACUAUUUAACAUAGCUGAAAUGCUCAGAGAGUGUAGAGGCCAGGUACAUUUUUGUGCAGUAUUAAACAGCAUUAGUGUAGAUGUUCUUGCAGUCAGCACAAUAAGGAAAUCCCAAGUCCUCCAUAUUAACUUUGUCUUUAUAUGUGAUAUUAGGGAAAUUAGUAACACAGUCAUUGUAAGAGUAUAAUAUUGCUGUGUUUUUAGCAAUUUUGUGUAGAUUGUGUAUAUUAAGAUCUUUGUGAAAAAGGAAUAAAUGUAAUAGUUUUAUGGUAUGAAAAUUGUCAGAUUAGAAGUAUAUUAAAUACUUAAUUAUUUAUAACCUGGAAUUUCAAGUGUUGAAGAAGUGUCUAGUAUUUUCUUCCAUUUGUAAUGUAUCUUUAUUUAUAUAUAAAUGAAGUAAGUUCAGAAAAAAAAUGUUUAUUGUAUUUUAGUGUAUUUGUGAGCCAAAGAAAAAAAAUGAAAUUUAGUGGAAUUUAUAUUUAAUAUAGUAACCAUAAAGGUAAUAAAUAUAUAAACAAUAUUUGUCAGUACAAUUAAUUAUAAAAUGUAUAGGCUGUCAUUUAUUUCAUACCCAAGAAUUUACUUGAAUUUGCACCUUUAUAAAUAAUAACACCUAGAUAUGAAUGGAAUUCAGUUCUUAUCAUUGAUAUUCAGAGGUGAACACUGUUGGUUUUCAGUUGUGAGCUAGACCAGAUUUUAGAAGCAUAUUUCAGAAAUGUGCAUUUGUCUGUAUAACAAUAGGAAUCAGAAAUUAUCUGAGAACUGGAAUCUCACUGUUUUCUGCUGAGAUGACCCAGUGAAACUAAAUACAUAAUAUAUAUAAAUAUAUAUGCAAUGAAGAAACAUUUUCAAUAAAUGUUAGACUAUUUCCUGUAUGUAUGAUAUGUUUAAGCAUUUAAGUGAAAUUAUAUUGACUCUUAGUGUAAAGGAAACUUACAAUGCUGAAUUGUCAUAGAUUUAUUUGCUGUUAUUUUUUUUAAUUUUUACUUUGUCAUUUAUUUUAUUUUAUUUGUUUUUUUAUAGUUUAUUGUGUCUGUAAACGAGUAAGCUCAUAUUAUUCCUUACGUUGGUGCCCAGUUUCUUCCAAUGGAAGUUGUCUCAGGUGUAGUCACUCUAAGUUUUGGUACAACCAUGUUCAAUAUUGUAUUCAUGCCUCAGCUCCAUUUUGUAACAAAGUAUUACAAAUGAUAACUAUAAUGCUUACAUGUGACUGUGGGAGCCAGGGGGCUGAAAGCAUGCUGUAGUGUUUCACAGUCAGGGCAUUAUAUACAUUACAUGUAAACUUUGUGAUCAUAGCAUUUGCUGCUUUGUUUCAUAGCUUGAAAAUUUGCACUAAUAUUCUUUACUUAUAUUUUAUUGUUUAAACUUUGCAUCAUCCUGCAACUUGUGGUAAAAUAAUUACAUGGAACUUGAUAACAGCUAAAAGCACAAUCAUAAAAUGGGGACAGGAAGCAUGGCUUUUGACAAAGCUGCCCUACACUCUUGCAGAAAAAAAAAUGUCACCCAGAGUUUCAUGUGACAUGAUUUUGUAAGUAUUUUAAAUCCAAGCAUUAUUAAAAUGAGUUUUAAACUGA